AUGUGGCCAUGUUCUAGAAGCGGACGGCGGGCGGAUGGCUCUGGGCUGCCUGGUGCCCGCGAGCAGAGCGGCGCUGAGAAAGUGGCGGCGGGUGAUCCUUCCGCCGCGGAGGCGAAGGCCGGGCGCCUCUCCUUCUUCCAGCAGCAGAGCAGCCCUGGGAGGCUCCCGGGGAGGAGGGGCUGCGGCGGGGCUCCGGAGACAACUUCUCCCUCUUUUGGAUUUCUCUUUGAUAUUGAUGGAGUCCUUUUACGGGGACGACUAGUAAUUCCUGCUGCUAAGAAGGCCUUUGAGAAACUGACAGAUGCCAAAGGCCAGUUCCGUGUACCGGUUGCCUUUGUAACCAAUGCUGGGAACUGCUCUCGGGACAACAAGGCUGAGGAACUCUCUGAAGCACUCGGAUUUAAGGUGUCUCCUGAAUGGGUGAUUCUCUCCCAUAGCCCUCUGCGUCUUUUCCAUCAAUUCCAUGACAAAUGUAUGCUUGUGUGUGGACAAGGACCUGUGGAGGAGAAUGCCAGAAACCUGGGAUUCCAGCACGUUGUUACAAUUGAAGGUGUGAGGAAGGCAUUUCCUUUGCUGGAUAUGGUUGAUCAAAGUCGGAGGCCAAAAGAGCUGCCUCCUCCAACCACUGACUUCCCCAUCAUAGAAGGGAUAAUUCUCUUGGGGGAGCCAGUCCGGUGGGAGACUGUCCAGCUGAUUAUUGAUAUACUCCUUAGCAAUGGGAAUCCGGGAGUGGAGCUUGCCACGGUGCCAUAUCCACAUCUACCUAUCCUGGCCUGCAACAUGGACCUCUUGUGGAUGGCAGAAGCAAAAAUGCCAAGAUUUGGCCAUGGCACCUUCCUUGUGUGCUUAGAGAAUAUCUACAAGAAAAUGACUGGCAAGGACCUGAAGUAUGAAGCUCUGAUAGGGAAGCCCAGCACAGUUACCUACCGCUAUGCUGAACAUGUCAUCAAACAGCAAAUGGAGAGUUGUGGCUGGACAUCCCCUCUUCGCCAACUGUAUGCUGUGGGGGACAACCCAAUGGCUGACAUUUAUGGUGCAAACCUUUACAACCGUUACCUCCAAGCCCAGACUGAAGUAAACGUUACCGCUAUGGCAGCAGAGAGCGAGGAACAUCUUGAGGUGCAGAGAAAUUGCAGCGUUUUGGUUGGCUCUGCCGAGAGCUGCCUGUCUAUCCUGGUCUGCACUGGGGUCUACAAUCCCUAUGGAGACAUGCCUGAUGACCGCAAUGAGAGCAUGCUAGAGACUGUAUUCCAUGGACACAGAGAUUUCCAUUUUGAUCCAAGCUUGGUGGAGGCCUCUCACGUUGUGAACGAUGUGAAUGAUGCUGUGGAACUUGUCUUUCAGAAGGAGAACUGGAAACAGGAAUGAACAGUCCAUUCUCACCAGAUUCUAAUCUGAGGAUGCAGGGGCAAAGACAGAACUGCAUUCUUUCUUGUUUAAGCCAUGCCAGAGUAAAGGGAAAUUCUCAUUUUGGUGGGGUCUUUCUUCUCUUGGGUAGGGAAUGUUUUUGUGUGCAGUCCACAAGGUACUUAGUAGCCUGAGCUGGACUGAAAUCCUAAUAGUGAUUACCAGCUUGAAAUUCUACACUCUUGUUUUCAUUGGCCUAGCCAGAGACUGUCAGAGGCUGGCUAGUUGUCACUUGGCUAUCCCACCUGGUACAUAUCUGGAAGUUUUUUUUUAUGUUUUUCUCUUUGUCUACAAUAGAGCCAACAAUUCUGUAAUCCCGUUUUUGGGUGUGUGUUGGUCUCCUUUCUCAAAGGCCAGUGUGAACCCUCACUCACUCACUCACCUACCUACCUUCCUUCCUUCCUUUUUUGAAUAUCCUGUCUAAAUAGUUAUAAUCUAGCAGAAUGAGGGCUGCUGCAUUUUUGGCUCUUGCCUCUCUCCCAGAUACACACCAGGUGCUUGAAGUGUGCAGCUACUAAAUCCACACUACAGCACAUGGUAUAUUCGAUGGCACAGAUGGAUGUGCUAUAGCUAAGAUAGAAAGAGCAUAGCUAGUAGGUGUAGUAAUGAUUAAACUACACCCUCCUUGUUGUUGUUUUGUAAUUUUAUUAUGCCAUUCUGAAAUACUUACCUCUCCUUGCCACGAGCAAUACUGUCCAUUCUACUACUCUUUGGGAGGCUCAAUGUCUUUGGAAUACAGAGUUUUGCAUGUAGGCAGUGCUCAGGGAUAUGAAAUAACGUUAGCACUGGUAUCUUGGGUCUAAUGGAGGGAUGGUCAGAAAUGAGCUAUCUGGUCAAUAUUUCCAUUUUUAACAGUUUCCCUUUUAAUGAAAAGUUUUGGGGCAAAGUAUGGGGGUGGAGGAAAGGAAUAAUGUUUUUAACAAAUAAAAGAAUAAAUGACAUUAAUUUCAGUGACUGUAAAGGGCAAGCAUAUAAAUUAUGUUAUUUUUUAACUUUGUCUUUCCUUCAAAUGGGAGUAUUAACCCUCUACAAAGGAGAUCUUUCUCUGCAAAGCAGCUGUAUUUCCAGAUAAAAUAUUAGUGAGUGUUAUGGUCCAAGGUUGUCUUAUCUACCAGAGCUUGGACAAUACACUUUUUUAGACAACAAUUUCCACAAUCUCCCAACUGGCACAUUUGGGAAUUAUGACAGGUGUAAUCUCCCAAAGUAAUUUUUCCAGGCUCUGAUAAAUACCUUGGCAUACCUAUGUCUUCCCAUUUGUGGAGAGUAUUCAUUGUGUUGGUUCUAGAGAGGUACAUAUGCAGCAGUUACCUGAGCACUGUUCCAGAGAUGUACAUAGCUUGGUUUCUGCAGAAGCAGUUUUCUCUGUAUAGAAUGGCCAACUUUAGAAGCAGCUCUCUGGUCCCCUUUAAUGAAAACUAUUCCAGGUUAAUGUUGUGUAAUAUCUUUUGGAAAACUUCCAUCAAAUGCAUAGAGUUGCAGUGGUGAAGCAGCAGAGAGAAUGUUAGGGUUGCAUCACUCCAGAUGGUAAUAUACACUGAAAUUUCAUGGUCUUACAGGAAGCUGCUUUUAACGUAUAAACAAGAGGAGACUCUGUGUGCCUCUUUUGCACAGGGUAGAUUACUACUUUAUAUCAUGAACAAUAUCCUUAUUUUCUUACCCUCAAAGAAUUAAUUAAAUAUAAUUUGCCUCUA